AUGAACACGUACUCUUCUUCUUCCUUUAUCCUCUCCCCACUUUCCCUUCAAAUCCCUAUACUUCAUAUCUCUCUUCAUCGUUACUUCAGAUUCACAACUCCCUCCCGAAGAACCCUACCUUUCUCUUUCCACAAUUCCUUUCAAAACCGCAACCAAAAACACCUUCCUUUUCCAAGUAAUUACAAGUUCCCCAAAUCGGAUUUUUCAGUUGGGGAGUCUCAGGUGUCUGAAGAUACUGAUGAGGAUGAUGAAGAUGACGAGGAAGCAGCGGAGGAGUAUGAAGUGGUUGGUGAAUUUAGUCAGGAAAUUGAAGAGGAUGACGAAGAUGAGGUCGAGAGUGAUGAUUUGGAAGGUGAUGAUAGCAAGUCUCGUUUUGAGGAGUUCAAGUGGCAAAGAAUUGAGAGGAUUCGUAAUGAUGUGAAGGAGUAUGGUGAUGGCAUUAUCGAUGUUGAUGAGCUUGCUUCCGUUUACAACUUUCGAAUUGACAAAUUUCAGCGGUUAGCAAUUCAAGCUUUUUUGAGAGGUUCUUCGGUUGUAGUUUCUGCACCCACAAGUGCAGGAAAAACUUUGAUUGCUGAGGCUGCAGCUGUUGCUACAGUAGCUAGAGGAAGGAGACUAUUCUAUACUACUCCUCUCAAGGCACUAUCUAAUCAGAAAUUCCGCGAGUUCUGUGAUGCAUUCGGUGAGGACAAUGUUGGUCUUCUCACCGGAGAUUCUGCCAUCAAUAGGGAUGCUCAAGUUCUAAUUAUGACCACUGAGAUCCUAAGAAACAUGUUAUAUCAGAGUGUUGGAAUUAUGUCAUCAGAAAGUGGACUAUUCCAUGUUGAUGUGAUUGUUUUGGAUGAAGUACACUAUCUAAGUGACAUAUCUCGGGGUACAGUAUGGGAAGAGAUAGUCAUUUAUUGCCCAAAAGAAGUUCAACUUAUAUGCUUGUCAGCAACAGUAGCAAAUCCGGAUGAAUUAUCGGGUUGGAUCAAUCAGAUUCAUGGUAGAACAGAGCUGGUGGCAUCAUCAAAGCGUCCAGUUCCUCUGAUAUGGCACUUCUCCACCAAAACAGCUUUUCUUCCCCUUCUCAAUGAGACAGGAACCAGCAUGAAUAGGAAGCUAUCACUCAACUAUCUGCAACUUAAUUCCUUGGGACCCAAGUCAUAUGAGGACGAGAGGCCUAGAAGGAGGAACUCAAGAAAAUUUGAGAACGAUGUAUCACCUCCUUCAAAGAAUGACAGAAACAACGUUCGUCGUUCACAAGUUCCUCAAGUAAUGGAUACAUUGUCGCAUCUUAAAACAAGGGACAUGCUGCCUACAGUUUGGUUUAUCUUUAGCAGGAAAGGUUGUGAUGCAGCAGUCCAGUAUCUUGAUGACUGCAAGCUUUUAGAUGAGUUUGAGACAAGUGAAGUUGAUUUGGCUUUGAAAAGGUUCCGAUUCAAGUAUCCUGAUGCUGUCAGGGAAUCAGCUGUAAAAGGGAUACUUCGAGGAGUUGCAGCUCACCAUGCUGGCUGUCUACCUCUUUGGAAAUCUUUUAUAGAAGAGUUGUUCCAAAGAGGACUUGUUAAAGUUGUUUUUGCUACUGAAACGCUUGCUGCUGGAAUCAACAUGCCUGCAAGGACAGCUGUGAUUUCAUCACUCAGCAAGAGGAGUGAAAGUGGACGCAUCCAAUUAACCACCAACGAACUGCUUCAAAUGGCUGGUCGUGCUGGACGCAGAGGCAUAGAUAAAAGGGGUCAUGUGGUCGUUGUUCAGACUCCCUACGAAGGAGCUGAAGAUUGUUGCAAACUUCUUUUUGCUGGGCUACAACCCCUCGUAUCACAGUUUACUGCAUCAUAUGGAAUGGUUCUUAAUCUUCUUGCGGGUGCAAAAGUUACUCAGAGACUAAAUGAAGCAGAUGGUACAGAAGUUUCUAGAGUUGGACGCACCCUAGAAGAAGCAAGGAAAUUGGUUGAGCAGAGUUUUGGAAAUUAUGUAGGGAGUAAUGUUAUGGUUGCUGCACAAGAGGAGCUUAAUAAAAUACAAAAGGAGAUUGAGAUUUUGACUUCCGAAAUCAGUGAUGAAGCUAUUGACAGGAAGAGCAAGAAUAUUUUAUCAAAUUCAGCAUACAAAGAAAUGGCAGAUUUGCAGGACGAACUCAGAGCACAAAAGCGUGUUCGGACAGAGCUCCGUAGAAAGAUGGAAAUGGAAAGAAUGUCUUCCUUGAGACCGUUGCUGCAAAAUUUGGAAGAUGGACAUCUACCUUUUUUGUGCUUGCAGUAUCAUGAUAGUGCUGGAGUUAAACAUUUGGUCCCUGCUGUUUAUUUGGGUGAUGUUGAUUCCAUGAAUGGUUCAAAACUUAAGAAUAUGGUUGUUGAGAAUGAUUCUUUUACUCUAAAAGUAACAGCUGAAGGUGUUGCUGAUGACCUUAAAAAGCAACUUGAUACGAAACCAUCUUAUGGUGUCGCUCUUGGUUCUGAUAACACAUGGUAUCUUUUCACUGAAAGGUGUAUUAAGACAGUAUAUAGAACAGGCUUCCCCAAUGUUGGUUUGACUAAUGGUGACGCUUUACCUCGAGAAAUAAUGACCAUUCUUCUAGAAAAGGAGGAAAUGCAGUGGCAGAGGCUCAGCCAAUCUGAACUUGGAGGCAUAUGGUCCAUGGAAGGGUCACUUGAGACAUGGUCCUGGAGUUUAAAUGUCCCUGUUUUAAGUAGUCUUUCUGAGGAUAAUGAGGUUCUGCAAUAUUCGCAAGCAUACUACGAUACAGUAGAAGCUUACAAGAAUCAGCGGAAUAAAGUUUCUCAAUUGAAGAAAAGAAUAGCUAGGACAGAAGGCUUUAAAGAAUAUAAGAAGAUAGUGGAUAUGGCUAAGUUCACCGAGGAAAAGAUCAGACGUCUAAAAGCUAGAUCAGAUCGCUUGAUGACACGUAUAGAGCAAAUUGAACCAUCUGGGUGGAAGGAGUUUUUGCAGGUGAGCAGAGUCAUACAUGAAAUAAGGGCUUUGGAUAUCAAUACGCAAGUGAUAUUUCCUCUUGGUGAAACUGCUGCUGCUCUUCGAGGGGAGAAUGAACUUUGGAUUGCAAUGGUUCUUAGAAAUAAAAUUUUGUUAAAUCUUAAACCUGCACAGCUAGCUGCUGUUUGUGGAAGCAUUGUUUCUGAAGGAAUCAAAGUUAGACCUUCAAAAAAUAACAGUUAUAUUUAUGAGCCUUCUACUGCCGUUUUAGACAUCAUCAACUUUCUUGAUGACCAAAGAAGAUCACUUUUACAACUUCAAGAAAAGCAUGAUGUGAAGAUAUCUUGUUGUUUGGAUAGCCAGUUUUCUGGCAUGGUUGAAGCCUGGGCAUCUGGUCUUACUUGGAGGGAAAUGAUGAUGGAUUGUGCAAUGGAUGAAGGAGAUCUAGCACGCCUGUUACGUAGAACAAUUGAUGUUUUGGCACAGAUUCCCAAAUUGCCAGAUAUAGACCCUCAACUGCAAAGAAAUGCAACAGCUGCAUCUAAUGUGAUGGAUCGACCACCCAUAAGUGAACUUGCAGGAUGAGAUUUGAGGUGUAUGUUCAUGAGUAGUUUUGCUAGGACUCAUCAGAUUAUUACAUCUACGUGAUAUAUUUUACCCCCGGAAUGGUGCGACUUGUGGAUGCUCCAGCUAAAAAAACACACUUAGAUAUCAGACCUGCUGAAGUUCUCAUCUGGUAAUGUCUCCUUACUGUCUCCAUUCAAGCAGUAGCAUCUGAACUGCCCUUAUAACUAUUCUAACCUAUUUUUGUGUACCAAAA